AUGUCCUCAGACUUAGAAAACCAAGUUCCUCAAGACCACACUCUUUUGGUUGAAAACAAAGAUGAAGGUACAUCAUCGGGACUUGACCCAAACCAUCCUGAUCAUCCAGUAACUAAAGUUGUUACUGAAGGAGAUUAUGUCACCUUUGGUAAUGAAAAAUACUUGAGAUCUGAAUUAGUCGAAGCCUUUGGUGGUUCUUUUAACCCAGGUUUAUCUCCACCACCAAAGCAUAACAUGGGUAAUCCAGGUCCUCUUGGUUUAUCUGCUUUUGCUUUAACUACUUUUGUAUUAAGUUUAAUUAACUGUGAAGCAAGAGGUGUUACUAUUCCAAAUGUUGUUGUUGGUUUAGCUUAUUUCUAUGGUGGCUUUGCUCAAUUAAUCGCUGGUAUGUUUGAAAUCGCUGUUGGUAACACUUUUGGUGGUGUCGCUUUAUCUUCUUAUGGUGGUUUCUGGGGUUCUUGGGCUGCCAUUUAUACUCCAUCCUUCGGUAUUCUUGAUGCCUAUGCUGAAUCUACUGGAAAGGACUUACCUUAUGCCGUUGGUCUUUACUGUGUUGCUUGGUUCAUCUUCACUUUCUUCCUCAUGUUGAUGACUUUGAAAUCUACAGUUGCUUUCUUCGGUAUUUUCUUCUUCCUUUCCAUUACUUUCUUGUUAUUAGCAAUUGCAAACUUUACUGGUAAAGUAGCUGUUCAAAAAGCUGCUGGUGUUUUCGGUUUAAUCACUGCUUUCUUUGCUUGGUAUAAUGCUUAUGCAGGUAUUGCUAACGAACAAAAUUCUUACAUCACUGUCAAGGCUAUUCACUUGCCAGAUUUGCAAGACAGAAGAAAAUAA